AUGGUUAUAGCUGUAGCGGUGCUAAUUCUGGGCGUCUUGUUCGGAGCCUUGUUUCUGAUUCCACGAAAAUCUGCUGUCGCAGAAAAGAACCGAACAAAUGCCGCAGAUAGAAAGAAGGUAUACGGAGUGUACAGCAAAGCUGAGGUCGCCUUGCAUAACAAGAGAACUGAUUGUUGGAUCAUUGUGAAGAACAGGAUUUUUGACGUGACCUCGUAUGUAGAAGAACAUCCCGGUGGUGAUGCUAUUCUGACGAAUGCUGGAAGCGAUUCAACCGAAGGGUUUUAUGGGCCGCAGCAUCCUGGUGGGGCUUUUCAAUUGAUUGAGGACUACUGCAUUGGAGAGCUGGAGAAGUAG